GGUGUUCACACUGAAAGCAGGUGGACUGUGUGUCUGUGUGGAAAAACUAACAGCUUCUGAAGUAAACUAUACUGUUGUUUGUGUCCAUGUUCCCUGGGUGCUGUGUAACAAGAUAAGUGUAAAGCGGUGUGAGCGCGAAGAGAGAGAGAGAGAGAGAGAGAGAGACGCUGAAUCAGCACACUCGCUCUGUGCCCCGGUGUUCGCGAUGCUGUUGACGGUGUUCUGCGCUCUGAAGGACCGCGGUGAGACCACGUUCGCCCUGGAGGUCUCUCCAGAGCUUGAACUCAGGGAUUUUUUGGCUCUUUGUGAACUCGAAUCAGGAAUACCCGCAGGAGAGAUUCAGAUCUCCCAUGCAGAGCAGCCUCUUAGAGACUUCACCCGAGCCCUGGGGAACUACGGCCUGAAGGAUGGAGAUGUGGUGGUGUUGAGACAGGCUGAGAGAAGGCCAGCGCCUCAGCCAUCCUUCCCAGGGCUGCCCCGCAUUGAUUUUAGCUCCAUCUCAGUUCCUGGCACAUCCUCAAACCAUCAGUCCACCACACAAGCUCAAAAUCCCAGGGCUGUCCAAACACCCCAUGCUGCCUCCCCUGCCACUUCUCCUCAGGGACUGGACAAUCCUGCCCUGUUACGCGAUAUGUUGCUCGCCAAUCCACAUGAGCUGUCGCUGCUAAAAGAACGUAACCCGCCCCUGGCUGAGGCCCUGUUGAGCGGUGACCUCGAGCGCUUCACAAAAGUGCUGCAGGAGCAGCAGCAGGAUCGAGCAAAAAGAGAGCAGGAGAGAAUCAGACUUCUCACUUCUGACCCGUUUGACCUGGAGGCUCAGGCCAAGAUUGAGGAGGACAUCAGGCAACAUAAUAUUGAAGAAAACAUGACCAUUGCUAUGGAGGAGGCACCAGAAAGUUUUGGCCAGGUGGUUAUGCUGUACAUCAACUGCAAGGUUAAUGGACACCCUGUGAAAGCCUUUGUUGACUCGGGAGCCCAAAUGACGAUCAUGAGUCAAGCCUGCGCAGAACGUUGCAACAUCAUGCGUCUGGUAGACCGGCGCUGGGCAGGGAUUGCUAAGGGUGUAGGCACACAGAAGAUCAUUGGCAGAGUACAUUUGGCUCAGGUACAGAUUGAAGGGGACUUCCUGCCUUGUUCCUUCUCCAUUUUAGAAGAUCAGCCUAUGGACAUGUUACUCGGCCUUGACAUGCUGAAGAGACACCAGUGCUCUAUUGACCUUAAGAAGAGUGUGCUUCUGAUUGGGACGACAGGGACGGAGACACGUUUCCUUCCUGAAGGCGAACUGCCUGACUGUGCCAGACUGGCGUAUGGGCCAGAAGCGCGAGAGGACACCCGACCAGAGGAGAUUGCAGACCAAGAACUUGCAGAGGCAUUACAAAGAUCCGUACAGGACAGCGGACAACACUGAUGCAUUGGACAGACAGCUGAACAGGGCUCUGCCUACCCAGAAACUGCAGAUGGAAAAACUACCUCACCACAGUCCCCACCACUCCCACUUCACCAAUCUGUUCAUACACCAACCACCUCCUCAUCUGCCACAAGUCCUAGUCGAAGUUUUACACUAGACCGCUCCAAGUCUGCUCCAGCCUCCAUUAGCCAGAGCCUGCCAUCAGAGGCAUCAUUCAGUCCAUCUCAAUCCCAGGGAGAAAUGUCGUCAUAUCCAUCGGACACCCAGAGCACGACUGAACACCACCCAAUGACUGCUUCAUCCCUGCCCUUAAAAGUGGAAGAAUCUCCUCAAAAUCCUCCCCAUGGGCAGGUUGAUGGUUUCCAACCCCAGUCAACAGCAUCACCCAUUCUCCCUGCUCAGGAACGAUUUUCUAGUACUGUGUCAAAUGACAAUAAAGGCACUAAAUUUGAACUUUGUAGAAAGUCUGCGGCAGAUUUAGAUGCAGAGGAAGGCAUUACCUUACCAGAUACAGAAGAACCUGAUUCCCAGACUGGCUCCCAGAAUGAUGUUUGCCUUCAGGAAGUAGACAUGGGAGAUUCUACUGAUCCAGAAAUAAGUGUUCACAUUCCUGAUAACUUCCAAGAAAAAGAGCAAGGCAACAUAAUGAAGGAUGUUGUUGUAAAAGGUCAAUCAGAUCAACUUUCAGAGUUGAUGAACCACCACAACCUUCCAGGUCCAUCUAGUUCAUCUAAAGACCCACUUGUCCACUCAGAAUUUGAAAAUAAUAUGGAAACUAGGCUUGUUUCAAAGAGUGAAAUGACUUCGGAAAAGGAUCAGUCAGAGAGCGACGGUAUUCCUUCUCUGGCUAAAGCCCUGAAGGAACUUCACAAGCUUCUGAUGUCCAACAGUAAUGCUCAGGCUUGUGCCUGGAGCCCUCAAUCUGCCACUCAUGCCACCACCCCAAGACCAGACACUGAUGAGGUGGACCAUAAUCCCACAGGAAAGGAUCAUGCAAGUGUCAACCCAAAUGUUAUUUCAUCAUCUCACACUGCCACAACCAACAAAACAAUGUUUGCCAAAUCUGAAUAUGAUUCUCUAGAAGAGGAUGGUACCUUUGAAGGACUGACUGUAAGCUGUCAAAGGCAAGAAGGCAGUCAGACUAAUGGGUUUGCAAAUAUCAGCAUUGAGGAAGAUGUAACACACUUCCCUGAAGGAAAUCAAGUGGAUGAAAAUGGGGAAGGCCUUAUGUUGGAGCCAAAGGAAGCACCUCCAGCUGAACCAUCUCAGCAGCAACUCUUGUCUGUUGCAGUUAGCGCCUCAGCAGACAGUUCCAACCUCGUGCCUGUAGAAUCCUCUAAUCCAUCAAUACAAAGUCCCGAGUUGGCUCUUGCCCCUCUUUCGGACUCUAUUCAGCCUUCCACACUAGCGUUAUCGGGACAGUACCCUGCAGAGCACAUACAGAGGAUACAAGCAGCGGGUUUCUCAUUUCAUGAGGCAGCUGCAGCUCUUGAACAGGCUGAAGGCAGUGUGGAACUUGCCCUACUGGUGCUGCUGGCCAGGAAGAUCACUGUGCCCACUUAGAUCCAUUACAGGCAUAUUUGCCACAUAACUUGGAUUCUGUGCCCUUCUUUUUGAUGCCCCUUUCUCCUUUAUUUGUGCUUAGUUUUGUUUGUCAUUAAAUCAGUUUAUAUGUUCCCAUAUCUAUGUCUAGGCCAUCUGCAAAAAUAAGUGAUGCCUGAAGUUUUUCUUUCUUUCCAUGGUUUCCAAGUUCUGAAGGUUUACUGCUUUUAACUGCUGUCUGGUAAAAGUAGGUUUACAUAAUGUUCUUGAUGGUUACUCAUGUGUAACUUUGUCUUUUUGACAUGCAAAGAUAUGAAAGUGAUUUUAAUUAGGAUGAUCAUGCCUCUAAUUAGAAUGGUUCUGAAGCUCAACAGUGAAGAUUUUAAAAUUGAGUAGUUUUAUGUCUCUUCUUUCACCAUUAUUCUCUAACUACUGUGCAUAACCAGACCUUACUUUUUAAAUAAAUUUUAGAAAGAAAAUUGGGUGGUUCUUGAAUAUCCAAAAUCAUUUAGUAAAACAAACUAGUACAUCCGUCUUAGGACUUCACCUUUCACAUGCACCUGGUGUAUAGCAACAUAAAAAUGUCUUGUGUGUGUAUAUAAAGGUCACUGUAAUAUGAAAAAUGCAGACAGGUCCCCAGAGGCCUUUUAAGCCAAAACCUACAUAAGGGGGGGGACUGCUGGUGAAUCAUCAAGGGUUAUUGCAAGUUAGAACAUACACAGACUUAAUCCAUGUCUGGGAAGCCAGUGCAAAAACAAACCCAUAGCUGGAACUCCUUUGCUGAAUUUGCAAUAAAUUACCAAAUACUGUAUCUUUAUUUCUCUCUGAUUUUCUGCUCAUUUUUUAUAUUUGCCAAUCCUGUGUAAGUUGGCCAUUGUGUUUUAUCUUGUUUGAAUUGGUUGCCUUCAGACUUUGUAAACCCUCUAUACUCCCAGUGUUAAAAACCACUUUCACCAGUAUUCUUUUCUAGUCAGAAUGAGGUUUUGUAUAAUGAAUGGGACAUUAUCGGUUGUGGGAGGAAGAGAAGUAAUGCCAGGAAGUCAGGAAACUCAUCCGAGUCAUAUCUCCUCACCAGUCAUCUAUCUUUUACUCUUCAGGGAUUUUUCAAUAGUCUUUAAUGAUAUUUUUGUUGAUAUGAAACAUGAUCUUUGCAUAGUUUGGUGUGAAACUAUACAAUAAUUAGAAAAGUACAAUUAAAUGGUAGGGACCGGAGGCCUGUUUGGGUUACAGUAUUGUUUUGUUAUGAGAGCACAUAAUUACAUUACAUUUGCUGAUUUGUGUAUGAUUCAAUUAAUUCUCCAACUUUUUUUCAUGACUCUGAUGAUGUUUGGUGGAAAUCCAGGCUGCUCUGUCUAGCUGUCUUGAUUCGCGACUAUAGCCUUUGUCAUUUUAUAAGGUAGUCUCUGACUCAGCUGUGUUCAAAAUUUGGAUGAUUUACUUUCAACUUGUAUACAACAAAAACAAAUAAAGGAAAAGGUGUUUCUUUAUAACUCAAAA